AUGAUGCAGAACGUUCGCGAAUCGUCCCAGCAAGACCGUCGGGUCUAUGUCGGCAAUCUGUCCUACGAUGUCAAGUGGCAUCAUCUGAAAGAUUUUAUGAGACAGGCUGGAGAGGUUCUCUUUGCCGAUGUCUUACUACUUCCCAAUGGAAUGUCGAAGGGAUGCGGGAUUGUGGAAUACGCAACAAGGGACCAAGCGCAGAAUGCUGUCAACACGCUCAGCAACCAAAACCUUAUGGGUCGUCUCGUCUACGUUCGCGAGGACCGUGAAGCUGAGCCCCGCUUCACUGGUGGCCCCCCUCGCGGUGAAUUUGGCGCCGGCCGGGGCGGCUUUGGAGGUGGCUUCGGCGGUGGUGGCUUCGGUGCCGGCGCUGCUGGCAGACAGCUCUACGUGAACAACCUUCCGUUCAACGUUGGCUGGCAAGAUCUGAAGGAUCUCUUCCGCCAAGCUGCUCAGCAAGGUACCGUCAUCCGCGCCGAUGUCCACACCGAUCCCACUGGUCGUCCCAAGGGCUCUGGAAUUGUCGCCUUUGAAUCGCCAGACGAUGCGCGCAAUGCCAUUCAGCAGUUCAACGGCUACGACUGGCAGGGCCGGAUGUUGGAGGUCCGUGAGGACAGAUUUGCCGGUGGCCCCCCUGGCUUCGGCGGCCGCGGUGGUUUCGGCGGUGGCUUCGGUGGCCGUGGUGGCUUUGGUGGUCGUGGCGGCGGCUUUGGUGGCCGCGGUGGAUUUGGCGGUGGUUUCCGCGGCGGCUACAGCGGUGGCCCUGGUGGCUUUGGAGGACCGGGAGGACCGGGAGGACCGGGCUUCGAGCCCGUUUCCGCAGUGCCCCCGAACCCGUUCACUGACUUUGCUACGUCCGGUGGAGACCGGUCUGCCGUCAUCUAUGUGCGCAACCUGCCCUGGUCCACCUGCAACGAAGAUCUUGUGGAUCUGUUCUCGACCAUCGGAAAGGUCGACCGUGCCGAGAUUCAGUACGAGCCUAAUGGCCGUUCUCGUGGCACUGGUGUUGUCCAGUUUGACAGUCCGGAGACUGCCGAAACUUCCAUCGCCAAGUUCACUGGCUACCAGUACGGUGGUCGUCCUCUGGGCAUCACUUUUGUCAAGUACAUGAACGCGGGCCCUGGUGAGCCUGACGCCAUGGACAGUGACUUCCAGCCUCCUUCUGGAAUCACUCAGGAUCAGAUCAUGUAA